CCGCGGCGCCGAGCCGCGGCGCCGGCCCACUUUCCCUUCAGCUGCCUGCCCGAGGACUGCCAGCUCCACGUCUUCUCCUUCCUGUCGGAGGUGGAGAAGUGCAGGGCGGCGCUGGUCUGCGGCGCCUGGAGCCGCCUGAUGCGCACGGCGCGGCUCUGGCGGGUGGCCGACUUCACGAGGCUCGGGGCGCUGCAGCCGGGCGUGGGCGUGGUGCUGGUGUCCGCCGGGGAGUUCGAGCGCUGGAAAGCCUGGGUGCACCGCUACGCCUUCCACCUGGCCUCGCGCCGCGCCAGCCCCCGCCUGCUGCGCGCCAGCUUCGACCUGGGCGACCACGACGCCAAGUGGGCCGAGUUCCUCUCGCGCUUCCUCGACAGCGUGCACUGCGGGGAGCUGCGCGAGCUGGAGCUCAACUGGACGCUCACCCACCUGGAGCCGCCCGACGUCCACGCGCCCGGCGCCUGCAGCAUGGCCCAGGUGAGCCUGGCCAAGAUGGACCAGGUGAGCCGCUUCCAGGCGCUGCUGGAGAAGCUGCUGGGGAAGGCGCCGGGGCUGGCGCGCGCCAAGCUGCCCUUCGACUGGUCGGCGCGCUCGGUCGCCACGCUCACCCGCUUCCAGCGCCUCCACACCCUCGAGCUCAAGUACUUCUGGAGCUUCAAGGGCGUCUGUCCCGAGGUCAUGCGGGAGCUCACCCGGGCGCUGCCGUGCCUCAAGACGCUCGUCCUCCACGUGCUGGUGCCCGUCAAGGACCUGGGCAUGUCCUACGCCCUCGAGUCGCGCUCCCUGGAGUACCUGGACGUGUCGCAGAGCCGGGGGCUGGUGUUCUGCCGCCUCGACCUGCCCGCCCUGCGCGCCCUGCGGGUCAAGAAGACCGUUCGGGGCAUCAUCCUGAACCGGCGGACGCGGCUGGCGCUGCAGAGCCGCUGGGCCUGCCUCUACGGCCUGCUCCGCGCCGGCACCCCCAACCUCCGCGUCCUCAACAACCAGGCGCUGCUGCCUCACUGGCGGGAGCAGCCGUACAAGGAGCUGGACGCGCUGCUGCUCCAGUCCUGCUACUGCACCCAGCACUCGGACACGUGGCUGCUGUAGACGGAGCCGGCCGGGAGCCGGGCCGGGCACCGGCUGCUGUUGCGCCGCGGCCAGCUCUCGUUGGCACGGGGCAGGCCGUGCCGUGGCCCCGCAGCGCCGGGGACGGGGUCGGUGCGGCCGGGGCGGGGGGAGGCGACCCGGCUCCUUCGCUGCUGGCACAGAGUAAAGUGGUUUUGCACCACCCG